AUGGUACACCUUGUGGCUGUACCAGAGACAAUCACGGCAAGUGGCUGUGCUUGUGUCUUUAUUGACACCAUCUUCCGACUUCAUGGGUUGCCCCGUGAACUCGUAUCAGACAGAGAUCCACGAUUCACUGCUGAUUUCUGGCGUUUCGUGUUCAAAUCACUCGGAACGCGCUUGAAGAUGUCGACACCGGAUCAUCCAGAGUCAGAUGGUCAGACGGGACGUGCCAAUCGUGUCCUUGAAGAGAUACUUCGAGGAUACGUACACUCCUUUAAGAGUUGGAGUGAGUUUUUGCCAGUGGUAGAGUUUGCCAUUAACGACUCGCUGCAUGCGUCCACGACACAUACACCGUCUUACGUGAAUGGCUUGCGCCAUCCGCGUGUACCCACCUUACUCGAGUGUAACUUUGGUUUAAGGGGGGGAGAGACUCGCGCGAGCAAAAACCGAUUUUAUUCACGCUCAUCAAGCUCCGACGAACAGGUCAUUGCGUUUGAUGCCGAUAUCGAUAACAUCGAUAUCGAAGAAGAUGAUGCCAGUGAGAGUGCGGAGGCCCUCACUGAAGAAGAUGAUGCCAGUGAGAGUGCGGAAGCCCUCACUGAAGAAAAGGUUGAUGUUGCUGCAGUGCACUCACAGCGCACUGAAGCUAACGAGUCAUCAGAUGAGUUCAUACUGGCUCGUGAAACGGUAGUCCGUUUUGUGCAAGACUCCAUCGACGAAGCCGUGGAUAAGCAAAAGCAAAACGCUGACAAGAAUGGAAGGGCAAACACUCUUUUAUUCAAUGAAGGUGACUUAUUCCUACUGUCUACGGUUAAUCUACCAAAGCAUGUAGUGACUAACUUGGGUAGCAGUAAAAUACUGCCCAAGUACAUUGGCCCUUUUCGUGUAUUGCACCGCCUAGGCAAUGCAUACACGAUCGAGUUACCACGUAAGAUGUGA